AAUUCUAGUCAACCCAACCCUCCACUUUUUUGUUAGCAUCCCCCCAAAACCCCCAACUCACUCCAUAGAUCUCACACCCAGCUCCACCAUCUAGGGUUCUUAAUGUUCGAAAUGAAAUCUUGCAGUUGACGGGGAUCUAUUGAUGUUCGAGCUUGAAUCUUGCAUGAUACCCCACAAAAUUUUUGGAAGUUUUCACAGAAGAAGCAAUCGUCGCCAGCACUUUGAUUUUUGUGGAGUUUAAAGUGUAGCUAACUGGGGCUGAAGUGGGUUGACAACACUGCUUGAUAAACUGGGUAAGAUGCAUUUGUCGAAUUGAUUGGUAUUUGUUUGGUGGAUUUCAAGCUACAAUGGCGCUCAAGCUUCCAGCUGCUGAAGCUGCAAAUGUUGCGAUUCAAUCGAUUGGAUGUGGUUACGAUAUCUCGUUAGAUCUGAGGCUCAAGUAUCGCAAAGGUGAUUAUUUUUCAAACGAUGGUAAUAAUCGAAAUCGAAAUUGCCGUUUGAUCGAAAUUGACGAGGCUGAAGGUCGAGACAUUGUGCUUCCUGGUGGACUUCUAAUCCCUAACGUUUCCAAAUCCAUCAAAUGUGAUAAAGGCGAGCGUACUCGAUUUCGGUCUGAUGUUCUUUCUUUCCAGCAGAUGUCGGAGCAAUUCAACCAGGAAAUAUCAUUAACAGGAAAAAUUCCUUCAGGCCUCUUUAAUACCAUGUUUGAAUUUUCUGGUAGUUGGCAGAAAGAUGCAUCCAACACUAAAACCCUUGCCUUUGAUGGUGUUUUCAUCUCGUUGUACACUGUUGCAUUAGAAAAAUCUCAGAUGGUACUAUGUGAUCAUGUGAAGAAAGCUGUUCCAUCUUCAUGGGAGCCUGUUUCAUUAGCAAGGUUUAUUGAAAAAUUUGGCACCCAUAUAAUCGUCGGUGUAAAGAUGGGCGGAAAAGAUGUGAUAUAUAUGAAACAGCAGCAUGUAUCAUCCCUCCACCCUGCUGAUGUACAGAAAAAGUUGAAGGCAAUGGCUGACAAGAGAUUUUUGGGCUCUGAUGGAGAAUACAUUGAUUCUGAACACAUGCCUCAAAAUGACAAGUAUGAUGUCAGAGAGCAGCGGCUAAGGUUUGCAGAUACCGACCCCUCAAGCUCUUAUUCAUAUAAGGAGGAUCUUGUAAGCAUUUGCAAAAGGAGAGGUGGGAGCGAUGAUAGGAACCUAAAGCACGACGAGUGGUUGCAUAGCGUACAGUUAGAACCCGACGUGAUCACAAUGUCCUUCAUUCCAAUAACCUCAUUGCUGAAUGGUGUUUCGGGAAGCGGAUACUUGAGUCAUGCCAUAAAUCUCUAUUUACGCUAUAAACCACCGAUCGAAGAACUCCAUCAGUUUUUGGAAUUCCAGCUACCAAGACAAUGGGCCCCUGUGUUCAGUGACCUGCCGCUUGGUCCACAGCGUAAGCAGCAAAGUACGUCAUCUUUACAGUUCAGCUUUUUCGGGCCCAAGCUCUACGUCAACACCAAUCCGGUUGAUGUGGGUAAGAGGCCUGUGACCGGUCUUAGGCUUUAUCUAGAAGGUAAAAGAAGCAAUCGGUUAGCAAUCCACCUGCAACACCUCUCCUCUCUCCCAAAUGUCUUCCAGUUAGAAGACGAUGUUAAUGGAAACUUCAACGAGGAGUCUUACGACCGUAGAUACUAUGAGAAAGUUCAAUGGAAACACUUCUCCCAUGUCUGCACUGCUCCAGUCGAGUCCGAAGACGAAUUGUCGAUCGUAACCGGGGCCCGAUUACAAGUCGGAGAUCACGGGUUCAAGAAGGUCCUCUUCUUACGACUCCGCUUCUCAACCGUACUCGGUGCAGCUGCAAUCAAGAAUCCCGAGUGGGACGGCUCUCCCGGAUUAGCCCGGAAAUCGGGACUUAUAUCGACUCUUAUAAGCCACCAUUUCACAGCAGUCCUGAAGCCACAACCGCAGCCAGCCGAGGUCAACAUAAACUCGGCUAUUUACCCAGGCGGGCCACCCGCUCCUGUUCAAGCACCCAAGUUACUGAAGUUUGUGGACACAACAGAGAUGACGCGGGGCCCACAAGAAACGCCCGGGUAUUGGGUUGUCUCAGGGGCUAGACUGGUUGUGGACAAGGGUAAAAUCUCGCUCCGAGUCAAAUACUCACUGCUAACUGUAAUAUUACCCGAUGAAGAAGAGACAGAUGAAGCGUUUUAGACCGUUGAUCUGAAUUUCUGGAUUAGAUGAUAUUUGGUAGCUCGUUUUGAACCCGUGUUUCGAGAUGCCACAGUAAUAUAAUGUUUUGUUUCGUAAUGACGGUAACGGUCUUAUUUUCGAUUUUAGUUGAUGUGGUCAUUGAUGUGUAAAGAAAAGAACACACACUGUUUUUAGGGGUUGGUUUUAUGAGUUAAGUUAUACGUAUUCAUGGUUCUCCACAGCAGAAAAUUUGGGUGAAUGCACAUUUGCAUCA